AUUGCAUCGGAUUAUAAAUUGCAGUGCUCACAUAUAAAUACACGAACUGCCAAACAGACAUCAUACAACUAUCGUGUUCUAAGUUCAUACAGACUUCCAACCGAUAACCUCCAAGAUGAAAUUCCUGAUCGCGUGCGCUCUGGUGCUGGCGGUGGCCGCCGCUGAAGACUACCUGGUGACGAAGGACGAUAACUUCGACUUCACCAAGCUCAGCCACGACGAGCUCACCGCUGUCGCCAAGUGCUUCAUGAACCAGGGACCUUGUAAUGAACUGUUGCUGAGCUACAAGCAACACUACCCCGCUGUAAUAAUCGACGCCUGCAAUCGCUGCAACCCCAAACAGAAGAAAAUCUCCAAGGUCUACUUCGGCCGUCUCCAGAAAGAGCUUCCCGACGUCUACCAUCAACUAAGGAAGCACAUGGACCCCGAGAACAAAUACUUCAGCAACUUCUUGGCCUCUAUCGACCUUUCGGAAUAAACAAAAAAACAAAAAAAAAUCGAAUGAUAAAUAAAUCGUAAUGCAAAAAUGUUCUACGGCCACCAUACAUUCGAAUAAU